AUGACCACACUCUAUGACCAGCCAUACAACAGCGAUAGCGACAGCUCAGAUGACAACUUUGAGCUGAAUGAAUACGACCUGGAUGUUGUGGAUGAUGCCCUCUUGAAUCCCAACCGGUCGGAAUACCUCGACCAUUUUGGCUUUAAGAUUCAGGUGCGUACUGACGAUGAAUCUUCUUCAGAUGAUGAUUCCGACUUUGACGAAAAGCAAAAGACCACCAGUGACGAUGACUCCAUCGAUACUAACCUGGCAACUCCUCAUGACGACCACCAUAAACAGAACUUUUCCUUGACAACAAACGUACCCAUAUUAAAAUCCCCACCUUCCCCUAAACCCGAGCGACAGCGGUCUGUUACCACCACCAGUCGCUCUUCUAACGAAAGCAGACAUAGUAUUUUUAAUCCCUUUAAAUCCACUCGACCUGCAUCUGUCACCUCAUCGAUUGGAUCUCCGGUGACAGUGGUCUCUCGCCCAUCUCAGUCGUUUCAGCAAAGACAGAGUAAAAGGUUCUCCGAGAUACCAAAUCAUACAGGUACUCCUCGCUCUCCCGCAAGUAAUCAUCGCAACUUUGAUAAACUUGUGUCCAAGUUCAGACGCUUCUCUCAUAACGACCAUCAGUAUGACUCGGAAAAGCACCUGUUACUGAAACAUGAAGCCUUGGCUGAAUUACAAAUCUACCGGGAAAAAGGUGGAUUUGAGUACAAUAGUAUUGACUGGGACUUUUGGGUGCUGGUAAUUCAGAACUUUGGCCGUGUCAUCGAGACUCAAAUGGAUGAUAUGCGACAACACUUAAUUGCGGGUGGUAUCCCUUCGCCCAUUCGUGGCUUAAUGUGGCAAAUCAUUUCCAAAUCACGCGACAGCUUUGAUAUGGAUACCGAAUACAAAAUACUAAGAACUUCUGCCAGCCCUUUCGAGAAGCAAAUACAGCGUGAUCUUACUCGUACCUUUCCCAAUCACCCUUAUUUUAUGCAGGAGUCAGGCAGACAAUCCUUAUUCAAUGUGGCGAAAGCCUAUAGUAUCUUUGAUCAGGAAGUGGGCUACUGUCAGGGCUUAGCUUUUAUCAUUGGUUGUUUGUUACUGCACAUGUCCGAAGGUGAUGCGUUUUGUGUCUUGAUCAAAUUGAUGGGUAAAUACGGUCUUCGUGGGCAUUUCACACCACGCAUGGAAGUACUACAUCAACAUAUGUAUCAAUUUGAUAACGUCUUUCAACAAAAGCUACCGGUCAUCCAUCGUCAUAUGGAAAAUGAAGGUGUCACUCCCUCCAUGUACGUCUCACAAUGGUUCAUCACCUUGUUCUCCUACCGAUGUCCUAUCGAGCUCUCGUUCCGAGUCAUUGAUCUGUUGUUAGUGGAAGGCACACAGAUUCUAGUGCAAAUUGCGCUAGCAUUGAUUAUUCGUAACCAAGAAAAGAUUUUAAAGCUGCGAUUCGAAUCCUUGGUGGAGUUCUUAUGCAACGGCAUAUUCACCGUGUUUGCCGAGGAUGGCGAUGGUUUUGUACAAGAUACUUACAGAGUCGAUUUACCUGCAAGGUUUAUGGCCCGUCUUGCGCAACAAUAUACCGGUGAAGAAGCCCGUGAAUCCAAAAGUAUGUCACAAGAAGACAACUUGCGAAGGGUGAACGGUCAACUAUCAGAACAUAUACGAUCCGUCGAAAGUUCGCUAAGUGUAUUACAGAUAGAAAACAAGGAUAUUACACAGCAAAUUAUUAGCAGCAAGAUGGAUAUGGCUCGUACAGAAGAUGAAAAAGAGCAUUUGCGCCACGAAUUAAAUCAGGUCAAGGCGGAAUUUGAUCAGUAUCAGCGCAACAUGGCGUUGGCCUAUGAUAAACAAAUGAACCAAGUGCUGGCUGAAAAUCGUAAGCUGAAACAGCAAAAUAUCAUGUUGGCAGAUCAGUUGGAAGAAACAGAGUCUCUUUUGAUUAAUAUGAAGCUUUCGUUUGCUGAACGAGAGUCUGAAUUCGAGGCAUUAAAAAGACAAUUGUAUAAAAAAUAUAAAGUCGUCAACCGUUUUGCAGCAGCAGCAGAAGCAAGUAAAGGUCGUGUCUACAGUGACACUGGCAAAGACUACAAUUUAAAAAAAGAUUAUCCAUUUCGUCUCAACUUUUAUUUGAAACCGCCUCCCAUGGAAAUCACGAUCGAAGAAUUCGAAGUCUUUGCCCUUGACAGACUCCAAGUUUUAAGAGCCAUCGAUACAGCUUCAUUACGUAACAGAGAUAUUGCACAAGAAGCCAAGAAAGCGAUCGAUACUUUUCUACCCCUCAAGUCCAACCUUUCGAAAUCAGACUCAUUGUACGAAGAAAGACGUAAAGAUCAUAUUAGUCAUUACGUGUUGCGCAUGGCCUAUUGCAGAAGCGACGAAUUGCAAGAAUGGUUUAUCAAGCAAGAAUGUGAAUUAUUCAAGUAUCGAUUUGACCAAGAGCCAAUUCCCGAAAAGAAAAAGUUUUUAGAAGACCUGAAUCUGAAUUGGAAAAUGUUAACAACCGAGGAAAAGGAAUCGAUGCGACGAGAACUAGAGCUUUGCUCGCGGCCAAAAAAGUCGUCGAUUGGGAUACACGAUUAUAUCACUAAAGAGACAUUUUUUGAAGUGGAUUUCGAUAAGGUACCACAAAUGGUAGGUCGUCGUGGUGUCUACAUCAAAAAAGGUAAAGCCUAUGUGCCCAUGUCUGAACAGGUGAAUAUCGUCAUGCUGGAAUACAAGUCGUACCUGAAACGCGGCUUAGAAUCUAUCAGCAAAAUAUUGCCUCGCCUGGAAGAAGAUGAUCGUCUUCGCCCCAUCUUGCAAAAUGUUGAGAAACAGUAUGUUGGUCUCAGUUACAACGAUCCCUCAGCAGCAGCAGGCACCGUCACAGCUUCUCAGGUCGACAGCCUGGUGCAGCGUUAUGCUCCCUUAUGUAUGCGUAGUUUGUGUGAUAGUUUAAAACUCGAUCAUCAUUUAAAACAUGGUGGAAGAUUGCAAUAUGGUUUAUUCAUCAAGGGAAUGGGUUUAUCUGUGGAUGAAGCUUUGAUGUAUUGGAAAAACGCCUUUUCGAAUAUUACACCUGAUAAAUUCCAAAAGGAUUAUGCAUAUAAUGUUCGAUACAAUUAUGGUCUGGAAGGAAAGCGUACCAAUUAUAGUCCGUAUAGUUGCUCCAAAAUCAUUGAUAACCCACCUUCUGCCACCGAGAAUCAUGGGUGCCCAUUUAGACAUUUCUCACCUUCAAACUUGGAAGCAAGAUUACUCCGGGAUAAUAUUGGUCGUACACAUGUGGACCAAAUCUUACAGCUUUCGCGUGACCGACAUUACCAAUUAGCCUGUACGAAGCACUUUGAAGUGACACAUCCUCAGGACAAGACAAGGCGGGAUCCUAUCGAACAUCCCAAUCAGUAUUACGAAGCCAGUAAAAGUUUGGAUGAGGAACUGGUAGAAAAGACGGAACAAAUGGACGAGUCUAUAUAA